UGCUGGUAGAACUGAACGUUCCACUGGGCUGCUGUUUUUUCUGGCACGUGCCACUCAGUGUGCUCUCUCUCUUUCUCUCUCUCUCUCUCUCUCUCUCUCACGAUGGCUUAUUGCUAGAGAAAACUAUGCUCAUGCUGCACGGACCCUUUUCAUCCUAACCCUUGGAAUCGAUCUGCAUUUACUUACCUUGGAAAAUGGGCUAAGAAAUUACAUUUUUUUUUUUUUUUUUAUCCAACAAGCAAGUAUGUACGAACGCCAUGGGAAGCAUGCAUAGUGUAUCUGAAUACAAAUACUGAAUUCUAGAACUGUUAGUCUUGGUAGCCACAGAGUGCACUGUGUAGCACUUACUGGGUGGAGAAAAACUGCCCUGUGACUAAAGCUGAAAUGGCCAACCUCGCAAAUCUAGGCACAGGACCAAAGGCUUGGUUAGCUGCCUGAGCGUACAAACAGAAAGGGACUCGCUGCAGUCAUGUUCUCGAGAAGCACAUUCAACACCCCAGAUGCAGCUGAUAUUGCCCCACAUAAAAGGUCCAAGAAGGCGAACUUGAGCAAAAAGAGGUCUCCACGUCCAAAAGUUACUUUGGCUCUGAGGAACAAACUCCAGAAGUUUCUCCAAGGGUCUGGGGAGCCGUCAGACCAGGAUUACAGCCUCUCGUCUGUGGAGAUCGAAACAGACAUGUUUAUCUGCGGCAUUAAGAGGGACUCUUCCAACACCGAUGUUUCAGUCCUCCAGCUGCCGAAUGGCCAAGGCUAUGCUUUUAACCCUAGUGUUGCAUGUGUGGGGGAGGUGGAACUGAAUCAAGAAGGUAACAUCAAAAUCCCUUGCACCAUGCAAGCCAAUGGCCCAGAACUGGAGCCAGUUACAACUGAAGCAGUUCAAUCUGAUUGUCUUAAGGAAGAAGGGCUUAGGGAUAGCAUUUCAGAAGAUGGAACGAGCCCUGCCAGUGAAGCUGAGACACUUGUCUUUCCACUGCCAUCGAUUUUGAAAGGCGGGGAGGAGGAAGAGGAGGAAGAGACAAGCGACAUCAUUGAGCACAUCCUGAAAGAGCUCAGAGGGAUUAAUCGGAUACAAGCGGAACUCUCGGACCUCCGGCAGUAUCUGACGUCUGUCCGGGGUUCAGUAGAGGAGGUCUCCUGCUGUGUGGACUCGGUCCUGAGCGAAAUUGAGGGCUUGCGGUCGGGGACUGGACCCAUUCUCACCCCGAGACCCAACGACAGCAGUGGCUGCACAAGAGAGAAAGCAGAAGCAGCUCCACAAGAACUGAUAUGCAGCCUUUUGUCAGAGUAUCACUGCUGGCACAAGGAGGGCCAGGUUGUAGAAAGGGGAAAUAACCACCCCUUAAGACUUGAACCUACCUGCCAAGCAGGUGCCCUCCCUGAUACUAUAACGCAUGAGGCAGAUGAGUGCCAGGAGAAUUCUGACCACAGCUCAGACUUGCCCCCCACUUCAGCUUGCCGGCUUUACACUUUCGGCUCUCUGGUACGGCAGGACGGGCAGGACUAUCCAAGCACAAGCUCUGUGUCUUCAGGCCAGAGCUUCAAGUCAGAUGAAUUUGAUUUGGAAGAAUGCAACAUUUUUAAUUCCAACCAGGAUGUUGGCCACGAAUUGGAGACCAACAGCUGGGCUGACCUGGGCUUCAGGCACAGUAGGAGCUUUCAUGGUAAAGCUGAAUGGGAUGAAGAGGUAGGCUACUUUUGCCAGAAUGACUUGGAAGCCAAAGGACAUCUUAGUGAGCCAUACAAGUGCUGGGAUGGCAGGGAGGGAACAAGCAACACUCCAGCUCAGUCUUCAGGGAGUAGCUCAGAGCACUUGUCCUUAUUGUUUGGCCAUCAGUACCCCUCUAAUUCUCCCUCAUUUUCCCCAAGCUUGUCCUCUGAUUGGAGAGCUUGUGGGCAUGAUCCAGAAGUGCCCACUGGACAAGCAGGGAACUCCAGCCUUGGCAAUGAAUGUACAAUGGAAGGCCCAUUCUCCAUGGGUGUUGACCUUGCAGAGGGUUACAAAGAUGACAUGGUAAAUGUGGCCUCAGUUAGUCUUAGUCACAAUUCGAACACAUGCACUGACUGCGAAGAUUAUCAAGAAGGCCACUUGUUAGAGUAUUCUGCUGGAACAGGGAUAUUGGAAGAUGGAAGAUCAAGGAAUGUUGAAGCAUGGUCCACAGGAGUUGAGGAGGUCUCUUACCUCCCAAACCAUGCAGGUCGCUGUCAGCAGACUGAGGGAGACCUCCCUCUCCUCAGUCUGGAACCUGAGAGCACUGAGCUCCUCAACAUGGGAUUCAAUGUGAAGAGGAUUGGGAAAGCUGUCCAAACCUUUAAGUCAGCUUUAACAGGGGCUUUUAAAAAACGAGAGGGAACCAGCCCUUCCCAUCUGAAUGAACAUGAUGGAGGUGGUGCUUUCCUCAUUAGUCCAGACAACUGCCUAGUUGAGAAACCUUGGCUGAGAGAUGGCCACCAGAAUGGGGCCAUCUCGACUUCCUUCCUUGAGGUACCUCAAGAUGAACCGUAUAACAACACCUCUUCCCCGGAGACUGAUCUCCCUAAACGUGAGACUCAAGAGAGCCUGCUUUCCAUCAAAACACCUUCAGACCUCCACGAUUCACCCCGAACUCCACUCUCCCACUGCACUCCUACCGAAUCCUGUUCCGAACAGACCGUCCAGGAGUAUCCUGCGGCUGUGGGAUUACCCCAGGACGAGGUGUCCUCAAAUUCAGAAUGUGCCCCCAAGCUCAGUACUGAGAAGAUGGAAUACGUGCGCCAGGACACUGUCUACCUGAACAAGUGUCUCAAGAACUUCCAGAGCGUCCUGAAGGAGAAGAGACAAAUCCACAGGAAGAUGCUGAGGGAUAUAGCAAGAUACACAUAUACCUGCUCCGAGGAAGAGUUCAGUGCAGAAGGCAGUAGAGAAGAUGAGCAGGGCCGAGAUGAUGGAGAUCCUUCAAAUCCUUCCUGGAGUAAAGGAGGGCAGGGCGGAGGCCUCUUUGGCAUUGACAGCAUGCCAGACCUACGCAAGAAGAAGCCAAUUCCACUUGUUAGCGAUCUGGCUAUGUCCCUGGUUCAGUCGAGGAAGGCGGGAAUCACCUCGGCCCUGGCGACACGGACGUCCCUUAAGGAUGAGGAGCUGAAGAACCAUGUUUACAAGAAGACCCUGCAGGCCCUCAUCUACCCCAUCUCCUGCACCACGCCCCACAACUUCGAGGUGUGGACCGCCACCACGCCCACCUACUGCUACGAGUGCGAGGGGCUUCUGUGGGGCAUUGCCAGGCAGGGCAUGCGCUGCUCCGAGUGCGGGGUCAAGUGCCACGAGAAGUGCCAGGACCUGCUCAAUGCAGACUGUCUGCAGCGCGCGGCGGAGAAGAGCUCCAAGCACGGUGCGGAGGACCGCACGCAGAACAUUAUCAUGGCCAUGAAGGACCGCAUGAAGAUCCGCGAGCGCAACAAGCCGGAGAUCUUCGACCUCAUCAGAGACGUCUUCGUCAUCUCCAAGAUGGCACACGCACAGCAGAUGAAGACCAUCAAGCAGAGCGUGCUCGAUGGCACCUCCAAGUGGUCAGCCAAGAUCACCAUCAACGUGGUGUGUGCACAGGGUCUGCAAGCCAAGGACAAGACGGGCUCCAGCGACCCCUACGUGACCGCGCAGGUGGGCAAGACCAAGAAGAGAACCAAGACCAUCUAUGGGAACCUGAACCCUGUCUGGGAGGAGAAAUUCCACUUCGAGUGCCACAACUCCUCUGACCGCAUCAAGGUGCGCGUGUGGGACGAGGACGAUGACAUCAAGUCCCGGGUGAAGCAGCGGCUGAAACGAGAGUCGGACGACUUCCUCGGGCAGACCAUCAUCGAGGUGCGCACCCUGAGCGGGGAGAUGGACGUCUGGUACAACCUGGAGAAGAGAACAGACAAGUCUGCCGUGUCAGGAGCAAUCCGGCUGCAGAUCAGCGUGGAGAUCAAAGGAGAGGAGAAGGUGGCACCCUACCACAUCCAGUACACCUGCCUGCAUGAGAACGAGUUCCACUACCUGGUGGACGUGCAGGGCAACGGGAUGGUGAAGAUCCCUGAUGCCAAGGGAGACGACGCCUGGAAGGUGUACUUCGACGAGGUGGCACAGGAGAUUGUGGACGAGUUUGCGAUGCGCUAUGGGAUAGAGUCCAUCUACCAAGCCAUGACCCACUUUGCCUGUCUGUCGUCGAAGUACAUGUGCCCGGGCGUGCCAGCGGUCAUGAGCACAUUGCUUGCCAACAUCAACGCCUACUACGCUCACACCACCGCCUCCACCAAUGUGUCCGCUUCUGACCGCUUCUCCGCCUCCAACUUCGGGAAAGAGCGGUUUGUUAAGCUACUCGACCAGCUUCACAAUUCCCUGCGCAUCGACCUCUCCAUGUACCGCAACAACUUCCCAGCCAGCAGCCCGGACCGACUGCAAGAUCUAAAAUCCACCGUGGAUCUGCUCACCAGCAUCACUUUCUUCAGAAUGAAGGUGCAAGAGCUGCAGAGCCCCCCCAGGGCCAGCCAGGUGGUGAAGGACUGUGUGAAGGCCUGCCUCAACUCCACCUACGAGUACAUCUUCAACAACUGCCAGGAGCUGUACAGCCGCGAGUACCAGACUGACCCGAAUAAGAAGGACGUGCCUCCAGAAGAGCAGGGGCCGAGCAUUAAGAACCUGGAUUUCUGGCCCAAACUCAUCACCCUCAUAGUGUCCAUCAUUGAGGAGGACAAGAACUCCUACACCCUCGUCCUCAACCAGUUCCCCCAGGAGCUCAAUGUAGGGAAGGUCAGUGCGGAGGUGAUGUGGAACCUCUUCGCCCAGGACAUGAUGUAUGCAAUGGAAGAGCAUGAGAAGCACAGGCUGUGCAAGAGUGCAGACUACAUGAACCUGCACUUCAAGGUGAAGUGGCUCUACAACGAGUAUGUACGAGACCUGCCUGCACUCAAGGGGGGCGUCCCGGAGUAUCCUGCGUGGUUUGAGCAGUUUGUGUUGCAGUGGCUGGAUGAGAAUGAGGACGUGUCUAUGGAGUUCAUGCAUGGAGCCCUAGAGAGGGAUAAGAAGGACGGGUUCCAGCAGACGUCUGAGCAUGCACUGUUCUCCUGCUCGGUGGUGGACGUGUUCACUCAGCUCAACCAGAGCUUCGAGAUUAUCAAGAAGCUGGAGUGUCCCGACCCGGUCAUCAUGGGCCACUAUAACAGGAGGUUUGCCAAGACCAUCGGCAAGGUGCUGCUGCAGUACGCCGACAUUGUCUCCAAGAACUUUGAGCCUUACUGCUCCAAAGAGAAACUGCCCUGCAUUCUGAUGAACAACAUCCAGCAGCUCCGGGUCCAGCUGGAGAAGAUGUUUGAGGCCAUGGGAGGCAAGCAGCUGGAUGCGGAGGCCAGUGAUACCCUGAAAGAGCUGCAGGUGAAACUGAACAACGUGCUUGACGAGCUGAGCACUGUCUUUGGGAACAGUUUCCAGCCCAAGAUUGAGGACUGUUUCAAGCAGAUGGGUGAUAUCCUGUGCCAGGUGAAGGGCACUGGUAACGUCCCAGCCAAUGCCCAGAGCACACUGGCAGCAGAUGCAGACAACGUGCUAAGGCCACUCAUGGACUUCCUAGAUGGAAACCUGAUGCUCUUUGCCAAGGUUUGUGAGAAGACGGUGCUGAAGAGAGUCCUGAAGGACCUGUGGAGGAUCGUCAUGAACACCAUGGAGAAAUCCAUUGUCCUGCCUCCUCUCACAGACACCUCGACUCAUGGCACGCAGUUGAUUUUCACAGCAGCGAAGGAGUUGGGACACCUGUCCAAGCUGAAGGAUCACAUGGUGCGGGAGGAAGCAAGAAGCCUUACCCCCAAGCAGUGUGCCAUCCUGGAUCUGGCCUUGGAUACUAUAAAGCAAUACUUCCAUGCAGGAGGGAACGGGCUGAAGAAGACGUUCCUGGAGAAGAGCCCUGAGCUGCAGUCUCUGCGCUACGCCCUGUCCCUCUACACCCAGACCACCGACACCCUCAUCAAGACCUUCGUGCAGACGCAGACCGCGCAGGUGCAUGAUGGGAAGGGUAUUAGGGUUACCGCUAACGAGGAUGUCCGUCCUAAUAAGGGCUCUGGAGUGGAUGACCCGGUCGGAGAAGUGUCAAUACAGGUCGAUCUGUUCACACACCCAGGCACCGGAGAGCACAAGGCCACUGUGAAAAUUGUGGCAGCGAAUGAUCUGAAGUGGCAGACCUCGGCAAUGUUCCGACCCUUUGUGGAGGUAACGAUGAUCGGACCCCACCUGAGCGACAAGAAACGCAAGUUCACCACCAAGUCCAAAAACAACAACUGGGCCCCCAAAUACAACGAGACCUUUCACUUUAUCCUGGGGAACGAGGAUGGGCCGCACUGUUACGAGCUGCAGGUGUGUGUAAAGGACUACUGCUUUGCGCGGGAGGACCGCGUGCUGGGGAUCUCCGUGAUGCAGCUGCGGGACAUCGCAGACAAGGGCAGCUGUGCAUGCUGGUGUCCGCUGGGGCGCAGAGUGCACAUGGACGAAACGGGACUGACAGUGCUGCGAAUCCUCUCACAGCGCACCAACGACGAGGUCGCACGCGAGUUCGUCAAGCUCAAGUCAGAGUUGCGCUCGGCCGAGGAGGGGAGCUGAGGACGCUACGCCACUGCUGCUCAGCCAGCGGCGGGGUUGUCUUCUCUAUCUCUGGACUACACUGUUAAUCUGUAUUGAGAGGGACGGGCUCUUCACUUCACAACAGGGAUUUCCUGAACACACAUUUCACACGGAACCUCUUCUGUUCCGUCUCUCUGCUGUGGUCUCUCUUGAUUUGUGAAGUGUCUGGGUGUUUACGAUUUUGUCCACAGUUCGGGUUUGAAUUACUAUGCUUGUCAUUUUCAAUUUAUUAUUAGUGUUACUAUUGUUAUUAUUAUGGAUACUUCUGCUACUAGUAGUACUAUCAUAGUCGAUAGUUUGAAUACGUUUUAAACUAAUAUUUAUAGGUAUAAGGAAUAGCCAAAUGAAGAACUGUCAGGCAGAUUUUGGAUCUGAACUGAAAGGCACUUGUAUAUGUGGUUUACAGGUUUAGCUGUGGUAGUCUGAGCUCUAAUCUGAUAGUUUAGCGGUUACCUGGAGAGAAGAUAUACUUUGUACUGUUAGUUGUUGCGAGCUGAUAGAGAAAUAGUCAAUUAUAUUGCUUGUAAUUCCCUUGAGAAAUGCAUUCAGUGUCACUCUGUGGGGUGAUUUAACAUGAGUCUCGAAGGCGCGGAAAAAAAACGUACUAUUAAUGUGUAUAUCAAUCUGUUCUCUUUUAAGUGUAUAAACUUCCAGACUGCCUUCCUUAAUCACCUUAGUUUGCUCAACAGAGAGAGAUAAUUGGACGCGAUGCAUAAAUCAGAAAGUUGGCAAUUUCAGUUAUAGUUUAUACAGCAAUUGAAAACGAUUCUUUACUGUAUUUGUAAUUAAAGUGCUUGACAAAAUAAGUGCAUUACGCAGUACUUGAUCAGCCUCUUCUAUUGAUCAGUCGCUGCUAUUUAUUUAAUGCUUUGUCUUAGGAAUUGAUCCAUUUGUUUAGGGCCAUUCAAUGCAUGUUCUAUAUGUUCUGAUCCAAUCAUCAGAGACCAUGGCACUUUUUUUUGCAAAUGUGAAAGUCUCUGUUGUGAAAUUGCCUCUUACCAGAAGUUGCAUUGUCCCUGCUCUGGCUUUGGCUCUAUAAAAUAAAACUAUAAAACACAAUUGUUCUUACAGAUAAUGCAUACAUACUGUACCCUUACCUUAACAAGAAAAAAGUUUUAAAAAUAUUUUGCAAGGGACCAGGUGGAUAAUGAUCACAUCUGCCAAUAUUCUCUGAACAGGACCAAACUGAAAGUGAUCUGCAUUGCGGUGCUGUGGUACCUUAUCACACACGCCAUACUGCUGCUCUUUCAUCUUCACCUUUGCCAAGAGCAAAAAGAGAAUGCAACUUUCACAUUCCCUUUUUUGUUGUUGUUGAUGCUGGUAAUGCUGUAUCCCUCUUCAAAAGCUAGUCUGAUAUAGUCUCUGAGCAUUGGUGUCAAAGGCUGGGACCAGAUAAGGCUAACGUUUCUAAAGCCAGGAGUGUGACGGUUGCUUUGAUUUGCACACAAAGGUCAACCAUCACAAGCAAGAUCCUUUAUUAACCGGACAGGGGUGACUGAUUUAUCCUUCUGACGGCUUACAAGAAAACAGGUUUCCCUCAAACAGUGUUCUUUUAUAUGACACCAGUGACUUAUAAACCACACCAUGAAAGUAUUCUGUUUGACACCUAUGGCUCAGAGAAACUGAUAGGGAGAAAAAUUACAGGAACAUUAUUUAAACAGUUGUAUACAGGACGUAUAACACUGUAUUUCAGCACCCGGCUACUUCCUCCUUUAAAGCCACAGCCCAUUCGUUAUACAAGAGGUAACCCUCAGUGCUUCAAGCAACAACAGUAUGGUCCAGUGAUCACAUGGAAUCAUGGGUGUUGUAGUUCAACAACAGUAGGGUCCAGUGAUCACAUGGAAUCAUGGGUGUUGUAGUUCAACAACAGUAGUGUCCAGUGAUCACAUGGAAUCAUGGGUGUUCAACAACAGACCGGUGAGAAGGAAAGACUUACAACACCCAGCAUUCUACAACAGGGGUAUUAAAACUGAAUCGCGUGCAGUACAUUCCAAGUUCCUCCCAGCUAGUUCCAGAUCCUGCACUCAGUCAAGCUCAAAUUUGUAUACUGGUGUUACAUAUGUAAAUUAUAUAUAGAGAUAUAUUAAAAGCAAUAGAUAAAAUAAAUAAUUAAAAAAACUCAAGUUUUGAUUGGAUGUGAUGAGAGUAUGCCAACAUGUUUUAUAUUAUGUUUUUAUGACAUCCCAUCAAUCAUUUAUAGACCUUGCAUCCCAGUAAGAGACAUCUAUGCUAGACCAAAAAAAAUAAAACAUAACGUCAUAGUUUUUUUCAAGCCUAAAUUGUGUGCCAUCAACUGUGUUGCAUAGUCAGAAGUAUGACCUCUUCUAAAUCUGAAAGUGCCAUACCACUACAUGGGUGAAUCACUCAAGAAACCUGAGCAGGUGACUCUGGAAAAAGGUUCGGUUCAGCUAUUAGUUACCUCAGGGGGGGCUUGGUCUUUAUGAUGGUCAAGCUCAGUAGAAAUGCUAUUUCCAACUUUUUGUAACAGGCUAGCAAUUGACAUACUUACAAUUUUCCAGAAAUUACAUUUGUCACAUCAGCUAGGUGCUAAAGAAACCAGCAUGUCGACAUACAUCACUUUGCCAUGAAUGCUAAAUCUGAUGCAAGAUUACUGGAAGUAUUUUAAGGGCUAGGUCCAUAUUCUUUUUUGAAAGACUGGGGCGACUAUCACUGAAUACACCACAAACGGGUUUGGAAAACUUGGAAUGUACUGUACGCACUCAUUGACUCACAAUGUGAAGAGUAAUACUGCAUUCUCUGUGUAUACCUUGUGCCAAGACGUGCAGGCGCUCAACUCUUGCACAUUCAUAUAUAUAAAGAGCAUGUCUUGUAUAGCAAUCAAAGUACAUAGCCCUUCAUUUGUGAAUUUUUAAUAUAUGUAUAGCCACUUGAGAAAAAAAUGAUGCUAAAUAAAUAUAGAAAUACACAUGUGUUAGGGAACUGACAACUAAGUGCUUAAAAUAAGUCAUUAAUUUUGUACAUAAAUUAUUUAAGAAACAGCUCUAGUGUGUUUGUGGUGUUUAUUUAUUAAUGUAUUGGGGCACUGUGAUUCGCUCACUCGGAGAGAGAUAAGCCAGCAGCCUGACCUCUCUUUGGUUGAAGCUGUUCAGUGGCUCCUCCCUCUUGUUGAGGGCUGGCUACACUGAUGUGAAUGCAGUAGGUCAGCGCUGCCUAAUGCUUUAAGUGGGUUACACUGGGAGACGGUUCUUCCCAGUGCUAUUUAUGUCGUUUAAUUGAGACGUCACUUUGUUUAAUUGGGAUGCAGUAUUUUCAAGUGAGGAACAGAGAGCGCUUUGCAGAGCAGGCAGGUCGUGUAGCACUGUGCAGGAAGUGUGCGAUCACCCUUGUGUAAAUUGUGUAAACCAUGUUGAGCUCUUGAAGGAGCUGCUGGAGUCUCCUGUGGUUCUCAGGCUGCACAGAA